ACGACUGCUUUGGCGAGAUGAUCCUACACAAGCCCCCGAUGUGUAUUUGAUGGACGUCGCAACGUUUGGUGCAACGUGUUCACCGUGUUCGGCACAAUUCGUGAAGAAUUUGAACGCUAAGGAGCAUUCAAGACAGUAUCCAGUUGCAGCCGACGCAAUUAUCCGGAAGCACUACGUGGAUGACUACUUGGACAGCGCUGACGACGUUGACGAAGCGGUGAAGCUGGCACAUGAAGUCAAACUGGUCCACUCUCUCGGCGGAUAUCAUCUGCGGAACUGGCUUUCAAAUUCCACCGAGGUUCUCGCACGGGUCGGGGAGAGAGACCCAGUCACAGAAAAGUGUCUCCAGCUGGACAAGAACAGUUCAACCGAACGCGUGCUCGGGAUGUACUGGAAGCCGGUCGACGAUGUCUUCACGUUUACAACGACGCUAGCGGUGGGUGCGGAGCAUCCAACUAAGCGCCAGGCACUGCGAGUAGUGAUGAGCCCAUUCGAUCCGGCAGGAUUGUUGUGUUUUUUCCUCAUACACGGCAAGGUACUAAUCCAGGAGCUGUGGAGGGCGAAGACGACAUGGGAUCAACUAAUUCCGGAGGAGUUACUUGGGAAGUGGAUGCGGUGGACGAGUUUGUUCAAACAUCUGGACCAGAUUAGCAUUCCGCGUUGCUACUUUCCGCAACGUUCGGUGAAAGAUAUCUUGUCGCUGCAACUGCAUAUCUACGUGGAUGCUAGCGAAGAAGCUUAUGCGUGUGUCGCUUACUUUCGGGCGGUAUUUCCGGAUGGGAUUUCUGUUGCGUUAGUCGGUGGGAAAUCCAAGGUGGCUCCACUGAAGGCACACUCCAUCCCACGGUUGGAGUUGAUGGCAGCGGUAAUCGGAGUUCGCUUGAUGAAGACCAUCCUCACUGGGCACUCGCUCGUAGUCGAGAAGACAGUGUUAUGGUGUGACUCUAAGACGGUGCUGGCUUGGAUAAAUUCAGAUCAUCGAAGAUAUCGCCAGUUCGUAGCUUGCCGAGUAGGUGAGAUUUUGUCCAAGUCGGAGGCGAAGCAAUGGCGUUGGAUAUCAUCGAGAAAGAACAUCGCCGACGAUGCGACAAAGUGGGGAAAAGGGCCGUGUUUGUCCUCAGGCGGCCGUUGGUUCCGUGGUGACAACGAUUUAUAUUUGCCAGAAGAUCAAUGGACCGUAGAUGCAGAUUCAGUCGGCGCGACGACCGACGAAGAGCUGAGGUCGUGUUUGGUGCACAAGGAGGUUAUCGUACCGCCACAACUUGUGAGGUGGGAGCGAUUCUCGAAACUGACGCAUUUGUAUCGAUCGGUAGCACAUGUUCAUCGCUACGUACAAAAUCUACGGCGAACGGUAAAACGAGAGACUCGACUGGACGGACCACUCACUCAAGAGGAAUUAGCAACAGCCGAAACCACAAUCUUUCGUUGGGUGCAGUGUGAGCAGUAUCCGGACGAGGUGGCGACUUUGUCAGUAAUGCGGGACAAGCAGCCAGGACAACAGGCGCGGCUAGAGAAAACCAGCAAAAUAUACAAACUGUCUCCGUACUUGGACGAAGCAGGUGUUAUUCGUUCUGAUGGAAGGAUAUCUGCUGCGACCGUCGCCGCGUUUGACACUAAGUUUCCAGUAAUAUUGCCGAAAGCCCAUCCAGUGACUAGACUGCUGGUUGAAUGGUACCACCAACGAUUUCUUCACGCCAAUGGCGAGACUGUCGUGAACGAAGUGAGACAGCGUUUCCACAUAUCGCAACUGCGCCCGUUCGUGCGUAAGGUGGCUAAAGAGUGCGCCUUGUGUAAAGUCAAGAAGCCAAGUCUGGCGACACCCCGAAUGGCUCCACUCCCGGCGGCCAGGUUGCAGGCGUACGUACGUCCAUUUUCCUACGUAGGCGUCGACUAUUUCGGGCCGAUCGGCGUGCGGGUGAACCGAAGUAUUGCAAAACGAUGGGUAGCUCUGUUCACGUGUAUGACCACACGAGCAAUCCAUCUCGAAGUCGCUCACACACUUUCAACGGAAUCUUGCAAGAUGGCGAUCAGGCGUUUCAUCGGACGCAGAGGAGCACCUGUGGAGAUCCGCAGCGACAGGGGCACAAAUUUCGUGGGAUCGAGCAACGAACUUAAGCAAGAGAUGGGCAAAAUCGAGCGCCAGCUUGCCGAAACGUUCACCAACGCGAACACGAAAUGGGUGUUUAACCCACCUGGAUCACCUCACAUGGGUGGCGCCUGGGAGCGUCUAGUGCGGUCGGUGAAAACCGCUCUUGCUGCAAUGGAGUCUUCUCGAACGCCGAACGAAGAAACGCUGGCAACGUUGCUAGUGGAAGCUGAGAGUGUGGUCAAUUCGAGACCGCUAACAUAUAUUCCUCUGGAGACGGCGCAACAGGAGGCUCUAACACCGAACCACUUUCUUCUAAUGAGCUCGAGCGGCGUAACGCAGACUCCGAAGACGCUUACGGAUCCAAGACAAGCCUGCAGGAGCGACUGGAAUCUAUGCCGUACAAUGGUAGAUCAGUUUUGGCGCCGGUGGGUGCGGGAAUAUCUUCCUACCAUCGCACGUCGUACCAAGUGGUUUGAGGAGACAAAACCGAUCGAGGUAGGAGAUUCGGUGAUCAUCGUGGAGGAGAAGAUACGCAACGGAUGGAUUCGAGGACGUGUAGCCAAGGUCGUGGUGGGCCGAGAUGGGCGAGUUCGCGAUGCCGUGGUGCAGACUCCCGACGGAAUGGUGCAUCGACCUGUAGCAAAGCUGGCGCGGAUCGACAUAGAAAAGGUGGGGCUUCAGCCGGGAACAGCAGAAGGUAAAGCUGAACCGGAGAUAGCUAACCAGCCUUACGGGUCGGGGAGUGUUACGGUAUGUCCCGCUGACCCCUUCCAACUCCACGGUCGACCACCUGUCGGUGAAGGACAAUUUUGAUGUAGUGAGGACCAUUUGAAAUGGAAGGAUAGGAAAAGGGAAGAAGGACCGUUUGAAAUGGAAGGAUAGAAAAAAAGGAAAAAAGGAUCGUUUGAAAUGGUAGGAUAGAAAAAGAUAGACGUCAAGCACAGAUGAGAGGAAGAUAUAAGAAAAAAUAUAGAUGAAAUUUGUUAGAAGUUGAAAAUAUAGACCAUUGAAUUCGUGAACAUCACAAGCAAAAAUUUAAAUCCCGUAAGUAGAACCUACGUCGGAGAGGAAUUCUUUUAAUCCUUACCCUGAAUUAUAUUCCUUAACAGGUGAUAGUAGCACAAGAAUACUGUCGGUCAGAACGGACGGUGUCGGAUUGUUCAAGUUAAGGUUAGGACAAACGUGGCGUGAAUUUGUUCGCCCUGAAAAUUAACAUUUUGAUCCAAAUUAUAGCUUUAAACGGGAUAGUAUUCUACCUGCACAAUUGUUGGGAAGAAGAAGGAUUACGUAUUGAACCGAUGUAAGUAGCGUAUAAGUUUCAUAGGGCAUUUCAUUAAUAAAGCUCCACAGCUUUUAGCUGAUUCAUGCUGAAAAGCCGUUUAUUCAAUCCACCCAACAAUUCUCGUGUCUGUAGACUGUGCUCGUAAUGUGUUCCUAUAGAACCAGUGUGGAAGUGCUUUACCCCUUCACCAUGUCAUCGGAACAGGAAAAUAUUGGUAGAGUACAGAUCGAAAGACGGUGGUUUUAGCUAGCAUAUUAUGCAAAGAGCUGAGGGAUAAAUGUUAAAGUGACCGAAUUAUUAACAGAAGAGAAAGUAAACAAAGAGAGUAACUCAUUGCAGAUAUGACGUUUUGAAAAAACGCUCAAGAAAUAUGUGAUAUAAAUUUUGGGUUGAUUAGUACCAGAUAAAUUUUGGCGAAAUGUGUGUUAAUAAAACGGUCAUGAUUAUGUGUAUUAUAGCAAUAUAUCUAAAUAUGACAAAGAAAUUGGCUGCACUACCAACCUCGCUAGCUGCAUACACUCAUCUGUCGUCGGGCACAAGAAAGGCAAGAUAACCAAAAACACGAAGCCAGUUGUCUCUUCUUGUCUUAGGCUUACCAGGAUCUAAUUUGACUGGUGCUCACUGGGUAAAUUGAAAGCGGAUCUAUUCAUUUGAGAGGAUCAAACGAAGGAGGUUGACUAUGAAUUGCAACUCUUUUGAAAGCGACGGUGAGUGAAAAGCCAUGAACCGAGCUUCAGAUCAACAGCCUCUGAUGCGUAUGAAUGCAACCGUAGAUGACUGAUUGAUUCCGUUCAUUCAGUUUCGAUUGAAUGAAAUGAAAUUUUACUGCACUGGACGGGAUUAUGGGUGUAAUGGUGAUUUGAGGGGGUGCGAGUCUGAAGAGACGAGGGGACGCAAAACCCGAAGCAAGUGAACAAGGCCUAUUUUCUAAAAGCAUUUAUGAAAAAGAAGAAGAUAACCGGAUAGUUAUGGAAUAGGUCCGGAACCAGCGACUUCCGGAAAUAUCGAUAGUGGAUAAUUCCAAUAAUCGUUAACUAGCCAUCAGUGAUCUGGACCUGCAAAUAGGGUAAACAGGUCUAAUACGCCCCCUUAAGCAAAAAUAGCGAUAUUUCACCAUUCGACACUAUGAUCUACUCACUAACUACUCUAAUUUAUUGUUAUAAUUAGAAAUUAAUUAGUUAGAAAUUAGCUCCCGUUUCAUUUUUUAUUAAAACAUCCUGAUACAAGUACUAUUAAACAUUUUUCAAAGAUGCCUAAAUUCUAGUUUUUUCUCUCACCCAUGGCAAAAUGCCCCCAGUGAAAGUGUAAUAUGACUCACAACAAGAGAACGGUAUGCCCCACAGCAAUCGGUGAAUAUGCCCCACAACAAAGAAUGGGGAGUUUUGGCCGGUGAUGAGCUGUUGUGAAUACAUGACACACAUAGUUUUAAGCCAAGCUAAAAACUAAGAUAGUAACUAUAAGU